GUUACAUGCUCCGUGAGGUUGGGGGACGUGGGCGGCUAUGGCGACCGAAACCUGAACGACAUAUGCUUGGAGUACACCUACGAGGAGCUCAAGCAGGCAACCAAUAACUUCGAUGAGACGCACAUGAAGCUUGGUUCCGGUUCCUACGGUGGCGUCUACAAAGGCAUCCUGAAGGAUGGCACGGAGGUGGCCAUCAAGGUCUUGGACGUGCCCAACGAAGCAGGCUUCGAGGAGGAGGUCAAGGUCCUCAGCAAGUUCCGACAUCCUCAUCUUGUGAUUCUGAUGGGUUUCGCUCGCCACGGGGCCAAGCGCCUUUUGGUCUACGAGCUCUUAUCGGGUGGGGACGUCCAUCGCAGGUUGCAGCGGAGCUGCCAUGAGGACAUACCCUUCCCUUGGCGAGAACGGGUUGGUGUGGCAUUAGACGCGGCCUGCGGCCUGUCGCACCUGCACUAUGCAUCUCCCAAGGUGUUUCACCGCGACAUAAAAAGUCCCAACAUCUUGCUGGACCGGAACGGGACUGCCAAAAUGGCAGACUUUGGCCUGGCAUGCUUGUCUCACACCGCAGCGCACCGGGUGUCUCGGGCGUCGGGAACCGUUGGGUAUGCCUGCCCACUCUAUGUCCGGCGCGGCGUGGUGACCGAGGGCUCCGAGGUCUACUCCUUCGGCAUGGUCCUCUUCGAGCUCCUCACUGCCUCGCCGCCAGCCUUCAUGAGCCGGAAGUCCGGCGAGGGAAGUGGCCAGAUCCAGUACCUCGCGCACCGCAUCAACGGCGACCUUCAGAAUGCCUUGAGCUUGCUUGACAAGAAGGCAGCCUGGCCCGCUGCGACUGCGCGGGCGAUGUCGGAGCUGGCGCUGCGCUGCACGCGUCUUCGCGAGGAAGCCAGGCCGAACUUCGCAGAGAUUGUGCGUGCCCUGCGUGGAAUCGCCGAGCUCCCUUCCACGGCGCCCGCUUGCCCACCGCUCUCCACGCCUGUGGAAGCCAUAGGUGCCCAGGCACGCGCAGUCUCGCCGUAUCAGAAUCAGAAAGAGUGGACAGAGCGCAGCAGCGUAGUCUCGCCGCCGCCGGCCCCACGGCCCCGCGAGGAGCCGCGGCCGGAGCCGCCGCCAAUGCCCGCGGCCGGGAGUCCCCGUCGAUCCCAGGCCCCAAAGCCGCAG